GGUAGUAUUUUAAAUUAUGAAACAUCAUUGCAAAAUCAUCGUGGUGUCUUAAACCUAUGGCUGGUGUGGUUUAUAAUGGGGCAUAAUACAUGAAUUUGAAUGUCUUUGUUGGAUAUAUUUUAUUCCAGGCUCUAAAACAAGAUAUUAAAUUGUCCGAGGGAAGAUAAUAAGACCCAAGAUAAGAGAAUCAAAUAAAGUUCGAGUGGUAAGUUAAAUGAAGAGAAUUUUGAAUACAAGUCUAUGCUUAACCUAAGAGUUGAGAUUGCAAUAUUAGAGUUCACCACCAUGAGGAGCAUACACCUAUUGACACUUACUUUCAUGGUUGUCAAACAGUGAUUCAUUACUGAGAAAGAGAGGUGGAGAGGGCUUGAGAGAAAGAAGGGAGAAACCUAUUGACACUUACUUUAAACAGUGAUUCAUUACUGAGAAAUAGAGGUGGAGAGGGCUUGAGAGAAAGAAGGGAGAAAAAUGGAGUGUAAAUAAAUUAUAUAAGAUAGAUAAUUGGACAUCUUUGGGUAACUAAACUUAUUGAGACGAAUUAGUUCAAAACAUGGAGAAGAGGAAAAGAGAUAUAGAGAGGAAGAGGAAGAAUUGACAGGUUGACAAGUGAGCAAUAAAUCUUCAAUAAAUUGGAGUAUUUUAAACAAUGAUGCAUUAUUGUAAGAGUCGAGAUUACAAUAUUAGAGUUCACCACCAUGGGGCGCACAGGUGCAUAUUGGUGCUUACUUUCAUAAUUUCAUGGUUGUCAAACAAUGAUUCAUGACUAAGAAAGAGAGGUGGAGAGGGCUUAAGGGAAAGAAGGGAGAGGAAUGAUGUGUUAUUAAAUGAUAUAAGAUCGAUAGUGAAACAUAUUUAAUAACUCAACUUAUUGAAACUAAUUUGUUCUAGAUAUGGAGAAGAGGAAAAGAGAUAUAGAGAGAGAGGAAAGAACCAGGAGGACGACAAAGAAAGCAAUGGAAAGAGGUCAGGUGGUUGUGAACGUUAGGAUGUAUUUUUUUUAACUUUAUUAUAUGUUGAAUGAGAACAUGCAAAAUUAUGUUUAGAAAUCUAAAUUAAACUCCAAAUAUUAAAAUCUUAAAUCCAUAUCUUACACACUUAUAUUUUUUGAAAUAUGUCUAAAACUGAUAAAUAGGUUGGAAAUUGAUCAGACUGUGAAACCUUAAAACCACUUACUUUAUUAACUUAAUAAUUUAAAUUGAUUGACAACUUUGUUUAUUUCACACAUAUUAAUACGGUAACAAAACUCAUCUGGCCAACUGGCCGGGCAAAAUUGCUUAUGUACGGAGCCAUCUGGUGGGACAUGUGAGAUGUGGCAAUGUAAACUUAGUCCAGGCCCGAUAGGUAUGUACUUAAGUUCCCAAAGCCCAUUGAAGGAAUCCAGCUUGCUUUUCUAUACAUACUGUGUAUACAGUCUCUACCCGCCUUUACGGUCAGUUUCAUUCUGCCAGAACGUGUCACAUUCACAAGGCAAAUCCAUUAUCCAUGGCUGCCGUUGUUCUGCUGCUGGCGAUGAUACGGUCACGGUGAAUUUCCCUACAUCCUCUUUGUCCUUUCUUUGUUUCACGGCUGCUGUUGUAUUGGUUUUCUGUAAAACUAAAAAGCUUUCACCUAUUGGGGAUUUUGCUUUGAUGAGCUCUGCUGCUGCUAAACGCUGCAGGGUUCAUAUUAUACCCUCCUGGCAUUCGAUUGUUUGCCGCAUAAUUCAUCUGGGAUUCUCUACUUUUCCUAGCGCGGGAUGGGAUGGAAUUCAAUUUGAUAGGAUUGUUGUUCUCUGUAAUGGUCUUCAGAUUUCCCCCUUAUUGGCCAAAUUAAAAAGAUGGAUCAUGUCAGGUUCAGACGAAAUUCCAUAUUUCUGGGUGUUUGCGAAUGUUUGAUAGCUGUUAAUUGGUUAUUAGACUGUUUUCUGAGAAUGGUGUAGAGAAGAGAAGUUAACAACUGUUUUGUGAUGAAAAGGAGUGUGCUUUUUCAUGCUUUGAGCUUGCCCAAUUCCACCUAGUUCUUACAUGUGAAUUUGAAGAUGCGUUUUGCCGUAAUGUUUGGAUCGUUUAUUGAUUCUUUGGUUUAUUUUUAUCUUUGGCUAUAUUAUAUAAUGUCAGGUCCAUGAUCAACAAGGGUUUUCGCAUGUGAAACAGUAAGCUUCUUUGAGUGAGGAGGAAGGUGCCAGAUGUGUAGGAAACUUCCUCUGAAAGAGAAGUCCUUGUUUGGUCAUCUUUUGUAUGGUUUCGAUAUAUGUUCUUGGAGUGAUAAGCACAGAGAAGGGCACAAACUGAUCUGGAGAUACUGCACAGAAAGCUAGCGGUAAUAGAGAUAGAGGGAAAUGGGGUUAGAAAUCGCAGAGCCAAACUCCUGCAUUAGAGGUUGCUGCGGCAGCAGUUCAAUCCCACUCCAUCUCCCACCUUCUUCUUACACCAUCCUGUCCCCAAUCGCGAAAGGAGCAGAGAGUGUGGUCUAUGAAGCCAUCCUGAAUGGCAGAAAAGUUGCCGUGAAGAAACCCAUAUUGUCCACAUCUGAGCACAUGGACAAGUUUCACAAGGAGCUCCAACUGUUAUGCACAGUGGAUCAUCCAGCGAUAUCCAUGUUGGUAGCAGCCCAUGCAAAGCCUCCGAAUUACAUGUUUUUCUUUGAACUCUUUGAACAUGGAAGUCUCGCCGACAAAUUGCAUGCUGAAGAGUGGAAUCCAAGCAUCCAUCAGGUCCUUCUUAUCACUCUCCACCUUGCCAAGGCUUUGCAGUAUCUGCACAAGCUUGGCAUUGUCCAUAGAGAUGUGAAACCAGCAAACGUGCUUCUCGACGAUAACCUUCAUCCUCACUUAUCUGACUUUGGCCUGGCAGAAUACUGCAGCAAUCUCAAACAAGUCUCGGCACAAAACUGGAGAUCUUCAGGCAAGCCGACUGGUGGGUUUCAUAAAAAGAAUAUGGUUGGGACACUUAUCUACAUGGCCCCUGAAAUAUUGAGGAAGGAGGUUCACACUGAACAAUCCGAUGUCUACAGCUUUGGGAUAACAGUAAACGAGAUUCUCACUGGUGUCGUCCCUUAUACUGAUCUACGAGCAGAAGCUCAGGCCCAUACCGUGUUGGAAAUGAACUAUACCGAGCAGCAACUCACAGCUGCUGUGGUUUCUGAUAAACUGAGACCUGCUCUUGCUACUCUUCCUCUCUCAGGUGGAUCUCCACUGCCAAGUAGUCUGCUUUCUUUGAUACAGAGGUGUUGGGAUGAUAAACCUGAUAGCAGACCUUCUUUCAAUGACAUAGUUUCAGAACUAGACUUGAUGAUGGAGCAGGAAUUGGUUUCAGUGGUCCCUGUGGAUAAAUUUAAAAAAUCUUCUGUGACUUACCAGGAGGCUACUAACUGGUUCGAUAAGGGCGAACAACUGUCAAAGGGAGCACCUUUUGCAGGUUUAAGCAAUUGGGUUGAUUCCUUGUUACAAGAAUAUCAUCCAGUGCUUUCUUGUGGAUCCUUUGCUUCUCGUGGUAGAAGGGAGACAAUGGAGGAUACACACUUCCUGAAGCCCAACUUCUGUAACGAAAACUUCAUCCAUUUUUUUGGUAUCUUUGAUGGUCAUAGAGGUGGAGCAGCUGCUGAAUUCUCGGCGAAAGCUCUGCCAGGGUUCUUGCACCAUCCAGCUCAAACAACAGCAAUAAGCAACAGCCCUGGAGAUGCACUGAUAGAAUCAUUCAUCAAAACAGACAUCGCAUUCAGGAAAGAACUGGAUUCCCAUCGCAUCACCAGAAAAAACACUCAGAAAGACUGGCAUCCCGGUUGCACUGCUAUGGCUUCUUUAAUAGUCGGAAACAGACUGUUCGUUGCCAAUGCAGGUGAUUGCAGGACGGUGCUAUGUCGAGCUGGCAAUGCGUUUCCUCUGACCAAGGAUCACACUGCGAGCGAUCCUGACGAGAGGGAACGAGUUGUGAAUGCCGGUGGAGAAGUCGAGUGGCGUGUUGACACUUGGAGGGUGGGUCGAGCUGCGCUUCAGGUUACUCGCUCAAUCGGUGACGAUGAUCUGAAGCCUGCUGUCACUGCUGAACCAGAGGUAACGGAGACUAAUCUAACGGAAGAGGACGAGUUCCUGGUGAUGGCGAGCGACGGGUUGUGGGAUUGUGUGAAGAACGAUGACGUGGUGAGCAUCGUUAGGGACACCGUGAAAGAACCCACGAUGUGCUCCAAGAGACUGGCAACGGAAGCUGCAGAGCGAGGUAGUAAUGAUAACAUUACUGUGAUCGUGGUAUUCCUCCGGCCAGUAUCAACAGCAGAGCGAGUUUACUAGCCCGACAGGGAAAAAAAAUAGUCUGGUUCGUGUUUAUGUCUGUAUAUUAUUCGAGUAUACAGAUUGUUUUGCUUGCUGAUCGGCAGAAACACAAACGUUUUGCAUUGCCAUCUGACAAAUGAAUGAAUUUGCGGAACAGAACUGAUUAUUGAGGUCUUUACAUCAAACAACAUGUGGUUUUGUAUUAAUGUUAACCAUUUACUAGCGUAAGAACCGCCCUAUUGGUCGAGUUUCUCGUACUUAGUUCACAACAAACAGCUGCAAUUUGCUUUACACAGACGCUCAGCUUCUCUCCUAAUCAACUUGGCCGUAGGCAGCAGUGGUGUACUAACUACUAAGUACGAACCAUAUAUCCUAGGUGACAAUGGUGUAAAAGGCCGAGCUCGAGCAAUUGGAGUCUUCUUCAGAAUCGGGUACCAUGAGAGCCGUCUGUAGCCACGAAAAGGAAAGAGAGUUUAGAGUUCAUCUUCAACAAAGAAUAAGAUCAUAUAUGCACU